AACCGUUUUGUUGCUGACGCGCCUGCGCAUGACGCUGAGCUGCCAUGGCAACGGUGGCAGCGCCUGAAGCUGAGCAGGAUCUUAGCCGCCGGUUAGCGCGCUGGCGUUAACCGGUUUAAUAACUAGUCGUGCGUUAUUAAACCAGCCAGGUAACUAAACUCGCCGGGACCCGUAAUAACUCAUCGCGUUUGGUCAGCGGUGAGAGCGCCAUGACUGUCCGCUUCAAGUGUCAGAGUGAAUACCAGAAGAGCUACGGGGUUUCCAGGUCCAGGAGUGUGUCUCCUCAGUGCUGCGCCCCAUUGGCUGGCCUUCGCUCCGACCAGAUGGGUAUCACCAGAGAACCAGGUCUCCAGCGUCGGAAGAGGCUCGGUCUUGGUGGCCUUGCUCAGUCCUGCACUUCUCUGCUCUGUCCAUCAGAUCCACAGCGCUCCCUGGCUGAACAGACUGUCCAUGCUCACAGAAAAGUGCCCUCUGCUGCCUCUAGGAGUCGCUCAGCCCACACGAAGCAGUCUUCCCUGGACCCAGAACCUCCAGUACCUCCUGAAUCUCGAGCAGAACCUGAAUCUCCUGCACAAACAGCAACUCCGGUAGGACCACGAACUGCUGCAGACCAAGGACCUCCAGAAAGGCCACAACGUGCUGCAAACUCUGGACCAUCAGCAGAGCCAAGAACAGCUGGAAAAUCUACAAAGCCCCACCCCCCCCAGCCUUACAGCCAAUUACAGCCCAGUCGCCCUCUGACAGCAGCACCUGAUGGACAGCAGCCCUCGGCCAAUGAGGUUGAGCAUGCUCUUCGGCGGAGGGCGGGGCUGAGGUCGUAUGGUCAAAGGUCAGGAGGUCAGAGUUCAGAGUACCACAGACAGUUCAGCUGGAAGAAACCUGCAACUGCUGCUUCACCCAUACUGACUGCAGAACAGGCGCUGUAUUCCAGCAGCAGGUCUGUCCCUCCCUUUAAGAAAAACCCCGUCUCCAUGGAAACAGAGUAUCGUCGGAGCUUCAAGGGUCUGAGCCCCCCCGCCCGACCCCGCUUUCAGAAACAUCUGGAACAUCAACGAGUCCCACUGUUCCACACACACAUGACCAACAAAAAGAGGAUGGGGGAGCCACAGAAUAAGCCCCGCCCCAGACAUGAUGUCGCCACCCCACAGAACGACGAUACCACCUCCCCUCCUCAGGUGCAGAGAGGACACAGGAUGUUGACAGAGUAUGAGUCCAGCUUUCGUUCUCCCCUCUACAGGAUCCCAGAAAAAGGUGGAGCCACGGAUGAGGACGCCCCUCAGGUGAAGGAGCUGAGGCAGAAGGCUAUGUCGUAUCGUCGCCGAGCCUGGGGAACCAACUUCUCCAGAGAUCACCUGAGCCAGCUGCAGUCUGAACACAACGCUCUGUGGGAGCCGACGGACACCGCCGACUCAGCUACUGACCCCCCCACCCCCCGCUUGACCUUUGACCUCUGUCAGGAUCCAGACAGCCGCAGCACUUCCUGCGUGGAGGCUCUAGACCUGGCCAGCCGCUCCAGUCACUCUAGUAAGAGGUCUUCUGUUGUGGGCUCAGGAGAAACACACAAUACAAACACACAAAAAAAGGCCCAAGCAUCACCAAGUCUUCCUGCUGAAAGACGAAUGGCGUGGGAAGAAGAGGAAGAAGAAGAAGAAGAAGAAAAUACAGAUGAGGAGGAGGGGAGGCUACCGACUCCCAGGUUGAUGAUCAGACCGGUUCAGAGAACUCACCACGACAUCACCACACCUUCCACAGGAGGUGCUAUACUAGUGGGGAAACUGAUGAGCAGGGAUGAAUCUUCUCCGUACAAACAACAGAAUGGUGAGGGUGAAUAGAAGAGGAAUAAAAAAAACGGUCAGAUAAAAUCACUGUUGAAACGAAGCCUGACGACCAAGAAAUGUAAGUUAACUGAUCCUUGAUCCUUAAAAUGCAAACAUUAGUAACUGUCGGCUGCUGACAAGCUUUCUUUUAAACAAGUAUAUAAUGUAACACUUUGCCACGUACAGGAUUAUCAUUUUCACAACUAACGUCAGUCGUCUAAACAGCAACAUUAUUAUAUAUCUUUCAUUAUCGAUUCAUCCGCUGAUUAUUUUUUUCAAUUAAUCAGUUCAUCUUUUACUCUAUGAUACAUCACAAAACUGUAAAAAAAAAAAAAAUUUCACUGAGCUGAAGGGGCUGUGUCCAAAACCCCCCAAACCCCCCACAUAUUCCGUCUACAACGAUAUAUUAGAGAGAAAAGCGGCAAAUUUCCUCUUUUGAGAAACUGAAAAUCUGCAAAUAUUUGACUUCUUUCACUUUGUUGCUUGAAAAAUGACCGAAACAAUCUGUCAGUCGACCAAUCAAUUAAUUGUGUUCAGCUCUAUUUAGGAUUGUGUGCUUGCUAGUUUGGUUUCCCUGCAGAUGUAUGAGUUUUGUGAUUGCUGUAAAUUGUUGCUGACAGUCGGAGCUCAAUGAACGGGAGCCCCGUGUGUACAUGCCUGUGUGUUUGCGUGUGUGAGCAUCUUUUCCUCAUUUCACAUGAGGUUUAGCCCUCACGGCAUUUAUUGUGGCCUAAUGUGUGGAAAAGAACAGAAUUCACAGCGUAGCAUAUGCAUCGUUAGUCUGCUGUGGUAUCAGGGAUAAACUUCAAUCUAGGAUCGUCUGCGCUUUUUACAAUUUUAGAAAUCAGGCUACUAUAGAUGCUGCAGCAACAUAAUAGCUAA